GCAGGGUCUGGUCCUGGACGCUCCAGGCAGCUUCUCAGCUUCUCUUCCUUCUUAGCCUAGGAACUUUCCAACUGUCCACUCUAAAAUGAAGUCCCACAGAAGCCUCUGGGCUGGGCUGGGGGGCUGGGGAGGCAGCUUGGCUGCCACAGUCCUUCUCCAUGACGUAUGAUUUCUGUCCCUACCCUGCCCAUAGCUCCCUGCCCUGCCCCAGCUGGCUGGUUCGCUCGCUGUUGACUCUCCAGUCAAGAGUCAAAUGCCUCAAGUGAUAAGAGGGAGAGGCAGACAGGAGACAGAAACCAGACCCUGGGCCGGAAGCCAGCUCCUCAGUGGCAGGGGGCUCCAUGUCCCUGAGAGAGGAAGAAUAGAUGUGCUGGCCAGAAGGCAGGAUUCGUGAUUCCUGGGGCACUACACAAAAUGUUCUUUCAUUAUGUCCUCUACAGAGUGGCGCUGGGAUCUGCCCUCUGUUUACAAGGCUGCAAAUCCCUACUGGACCAACAGGGGCGGCUCAGUGUCCAUGUCUGGAGGUCGUUUCCGCUGCCCCUCGUGCCGCCACGAGGUGAUCAUGGACCGACAUGGGGUGUACGGGCUGCAGCGGAAUCUGCUCGUGGAAAACAUCAUCGACAUCUACAAGCAGGAGUGCUCCAGCAGGCCCAUGCAGAAGGGCAGCCACCUGAAGUGCAAGGAGCACGAAGAUGAGAAAAUCAACAUCUACUGCCUCACGUGUGAGGUGCCCACAUGCUCCAUGUGCAAGGUGUUUGGAGCCCACCAGGCCUGCGAGGUGGCCCCACUGCAGAGUGUCUUCCAGGGACAGAAGACUGAACUGAGUAACUGCAUCUCCAUGCUGGUGGCGGGGAAUGACCGCGUGCAAACUAUCAUCACUCAGUUGGAAGACUCCUGUCGAAUGACCAAGGAGAAUAGCCACCACGUGAAGGAAGAGCUGAGUCAGAAGUUUGACACCUUGUACACCAUCCUGGAUGAGAAGAAGAGUGAGCUGCUACAGCGGAUCACGCAGGAGCAGGAGGAGAAACUUGGCUUCAUUGAGGCCCUGAUCCAGCAGUACCGGGAGCAGCUCGACAAAUCCACCAAGCUGGUGGAGACAGCCAUCCAGUCCAUGGAUGAGCCUGGUGGGGCCACAUUUCUCUUGAGUGCCAAGCAGCUCAUCAAAAGCAUUGUGGAAGCUUCCAAGGGCUGCCAGCUGGGGAAGACAGAGCAGGGUUUUGAAAACAUGGACUACUUUACUCUGGACUUACAGCACAUAGCAGACACUCUGAGGGCCAUUGAUUUUGGGACAGAUGAGGAUGAGGAAGAAUUCAUUGAAGAUGAAGAACAGGAAGAGGAAGUGUCCACAGAAGGGAAGGAAGAAGGUAAGACAUCCACCCGCCUACUGUGCACAAAGUGUCGUACUAGAUUCAGGGUGACACUUGGUCUUAUUCCCAGGAUCAUGUUCUCUUUUUCCUUAGAGAAAAAAACUACUAAAAAAAACCAAAACCCUUGCAUGUCUAAAUGACCCUCUUUCAUGUAAAGUAAUACAGCACAAAGGGGAGGUGGAGGAAACAAAGAGCAGAGGGACAAGAUUGGGGCUCAUGAGUCAGGCUGGGAUGCUUUUUUUUUUGGUUUUUUGUGUAUUUUUUUUGGCAUUGGCCUGGUACUUGCUAGGCAG